CCGAGUGCAGAAGUAGACGAGCCAGGUGGGCCCGGAAAGAUUCAGGCGAUGAGGAGCGGAGCACUGCGAUUCAUCAGAGCAGCCACAAAGAUCGGAAAGCAGGGCUGAUGAUGAAAACGGAACGGGGUGGAUUUCUAGUUGCAGAUGUCGAUGUGAUCCGGAAAUUGAAAUCCAUGAUAACUCGGAGUUGGGAAUGCUCUCUGGUUGCUGAGGCCGGGCAUAGAUGAAUCUGACUGAGCAUCGUGCCUGCGAGUUCGCGCAUCCAGAGACUUGGCUCACACUCUCGCAGCACCCAACACGUCGGUUGGUCGAGGUUGCACGCUUCUUAGCCCUGCGACAACCGCACACCGACCGUCUCUGGUGCACCUCUAGCAUUCAAGUUGCCGGUAUCCACUGCCGGGGCUUGUAUCUGUUGCGUUUUUGUUUUUGCUCAUUUUUGUUGUUGCUGGGUUUGCAAUUGACAGAUGUCGUCAUCGAGGUUGGGAGGAAGUCUUUCGGGUGCUGAGACGUGGUGACCAGACUGGGUUUCCGGAAUAAGCAUUUGGAUGGGGGAGUUCCAUUGUGUUUGAGGGAUGUGGGCGCGAGGAGGGGCGUGUAGCGAUGACCGGGUUACUUGGCCCUCGCAUUUUCUUGCUCAGCAUUGUUCUUUUCGCUAUGGUGAUGCACGAUUGAGGGAAGCGGACGCGGAUCAGCUGCUGGGCUAGUGGUGUUGAUUAGUUUCAAGGCCGUAACUUGCGUUUACAUUUCAACGUCUUUGGACCCUGCAUGUUGACACUGGCUCUAUGGACUUGCAACAUGAGGGCUCAAAACCCCAAGAUUUUGCAGGAUCCUCUCUCGCUUCGAUUCAAUCCACUCAGGAGACUACGUUAUAUUCUUCAGCAGCUCAAUCUUUGUCGACUUUGAGGAGCGCUCCACGUAAUGUAGCGACGAAAUUGACGUUGUCUCGGCUCUCCGAGGAAUCUCGCAGUCCGAGAGUUGCUAGCAAUCAGCCGACGACGCUGUUCAUAGCCCUCACUUUCCCCCCCACUACUGUUCCUACACUUAAAAUACGCUCGGGCGGUCGCCGCAGCAGAAAAGCUUUGGUGCCGUCAUUUAAACCCGAUGAGCUGUUUCCUUCACCCAGCGUUUCCGAGAAAUCCCAUUUUGCGUCGGGGUUGGACUCCACUGCCCCCAUCAUCUCCCUCAUAGGCACCGAAAUCUCGACAAACUCACCAGUCUACUCCUCCUUCUCACAUCCGACUCCUAGUUUAGAACAAUCCUCGCCUCCCUUCUCAUCUUUCCCUCCCUCCGUCGAAUCCCUGCUCCCACCCUCGCAUUCUGAACCCUCCUAUACAGAAAUUCGGAAUUCGUUUGAUGCAACAUCUGGAGAGCCGCUACAAGAACUUUUUCCGCUAGCUCUACCUUCCGGGCAAAAUGUCCCAUUUGUGAAUCCCUUGACUGCGACAAGCACUCCCGUGUCUCUGACGCCGUCGACAGCCCACUCCCAUGGCGCGUUUAUCGAAUGCCACACUCCUCGAUCUCCACCUCCGUUCGCAUUGCCCUCUUCGGCCGCCUCCCACUACGAGUACGUUUCUGAGUCAGAUCGAUCAGGAUUUUUCACGCCAGAAACUGGAAGCUUCCUCUCCAAUAGCGCGAGCACAGCAUACUUCACGCCGGGCACAGUCCCCGGGAAUGGAACCCCUCCACGGUUAUUGCCAGGGGCGGCUCUCAACGUGCUUGAGAAACGGGAUGUCCCUCGACGAAAUUAUAUUGCAUCUGAUUAUCAAACAAAGUCCAGGAAUGGAGGUGGAACAUUUGGAUCGACGUCGUCGACGCAGGAUACACCUUGGAUUUCUUUGUCACCGGGAUCCGCAGCGCACCCCCGGAGCUGCGAUGUGUACAUAGGUUUGUUCGGGAGGGAUCCGAUGCUGCUCAGAUACGCUAAGUGGCUGCACGCGGAGCUGGAGUUGUAUGGGUUUGCCUGUUUCUCUGCGGACCGAUCACUGUAUGCUGAUCAGCGGAGCCACGACAUUGCGCGAGGGAUUCUGCAUUCGGUUACUUUCGGCGUGGUACUCAUCUCCCGGAAGGCUUUUAAGAAUCCCUACACCGUUGAAGAACUGACCAUCUUUCUGGACCGGGGGAACCUGGUGCCAGUGUUUUUUGAUGUGGCGCCGCCCGACUGCCUGGUGAGGGACAUCGUGGAGAAGCAGGGGGACAUUUGGGAGGUCGAUGGAGGGGAGCUUUGGAAGGUGUACAUGGGUGAGGAGGACGGGUGGUCGGAAGCAGUGAAGGGGUUGCUUACGGUGGAGGAUUGGCGGGUGGAAGCCUACAGAAAGAAUUGGCGAGAGAGCAUCCAGCGAGUAGUAGGCUUGGUGGGGUCGCAGUUAGGAAUGCGCAGCAUUGCAGAGAGGUUGAAGAUCCGUGCGGAGCAAGAAGCUACAGAGGAAAUUCCAUGGCCGAGGAAUGUUUACUUCGCAGGAAGGGAAAAGGAGCUGAAAAUUCUAGAGAAGCUGUUGUUUGCUGAUACCAAAGCGUCGCCGCUAGCACAAAUGCUACCCUCACGGAGGAGCGACGUCUCCAGCAAGGCUAGCGACGAGGACGAAACAGAAUCGAGGCUGUCGAAUUAUGACAGUGAGAAUUUUGAAGAGUUUUCGAACCAGAGUGAAGGGGAGCGAGGAAGGGACCAUGCCCGUAGUCGGCGAGGUGCAGUCCCCCGCCCAAGUGCGCAAGCCUGCGACAAACGGCAAGACUCUGCAGAUCGGAGAGGAGAGGGCGGCAAAACCAGGUUUACGCACACGUGUGUUGUGACGGGAAUUUCAGGACUUGGGAAAUCUGAGCUAGCUUUAGAAUUUGCCUACAGGCACGCACAGAUGUAUCGGAUGGUGUUGUGGGUGGGCGGGGAGUCGCGGUACCUCCGGCAGAACUAUAUAAAUCUGUCCACUCUGUUGGGCCUGAAUGUUGGUACGGAGAAUGGACCUGGGUCAGAAAGGGGUCGAAUGCGGUCGUUCGAUGAGCAGGAGGCAGAAGCAGUGGAGAGGGUGCGACAUGAAUUACAGAAAGACAUUCCAUACCUUCUUAUCAUUGACAAUUUGGACUCAGAGUGCGACUCCUGGGAUGGGCGAGAGAUUUCAGAGCUUUUGCCUCGGCCAGGAAGUGCAACGCACGUUAUCAUCACCACUCGUCUCCCUCGCGUCAUGCACCUGGAUUCGAUCGAGCUUCCUUACUUGUCAACCUUUGAAGCUCUCACCCUCAUGCGCGACGGGAAGAAGUCGGAAAGAUCGUUUUCUAUUCAACAGAUUGACAAGUUCAAAGAAUUCGAAGAAAAACUCCGCCGUCUGCCGUUUGGAUUAGCCAUCGUCGGGAGGCUCAUUAACGAAUUCAACAUGAAACCCACGGAGAUUCUUGUGAAGAUGGGAACGAUUGAUGCCAAACGAACUUCCACCGUACAGAAAGACGACAUGGUGUUGCGCAGUAAUCCAUUCCUGGUGAAGCUUCUGGACGUUUGCUUCAAUCUCAUGGGGGGUGUGAGCGACGCCAGCGGCCUAGCAGUGCGCAUGGCGUAUGUUGGGGGAUGGUUUGGCCCGGGGCCUUGCUCUCUCUCGCUUCUUUACAAGGCUGCCAAGAAGCUGAAGAAGGAACUCGGUGGGCGGACCAGAAACAUGUUUAGCAGCUGGAUGUCUAAAACUAGCACACGCGGUGAGGCUGACUCCAAAAACCUCUUGACCAGACUCGGUCUCGCUCGCGCCUCUGUGCGUCCCGAUUGCCUCUACUUCCCAGAUAUAAUCCAGGUUUAUUGUCAGAAACGGGGAGGCGCAGCAGCGGCUCGGUCCUUCGUGUAUGCCAUUCGAAAGAGCGGCCAUCUUUUACACCAUUAUAAUCUCUUCUGGGCCGCAACUCACUUAAUAUGUCGGUUGAGCAAUGAACCAGUGGUCUUAGAAUUCCAAGUGCCAGAACUCCUUGACUUAACAAGGCGCCUUGUAAUGCCAUUGGCAAUUCGUGCCUUCAACAAUUUCUCGCGCUGCACAGCUGCAUUGGAGAUAUUGCGCUUGUGUUACGUGAUGUUGGAGGACGUUGAGAAACUAUACGUUUCACAGAUUCAGGAUGGGUGGGAUCGGUCCCGGUGCUGGGGGUGUAGCCGCAAUAGUUCAUUGCAUCAGGUGGACGAGUACGUAUGGCAAGACCUGACCCUCCUAAAAGCCCUCCUGCUAGAAGCGCGAGCGAAGCUCAUGCUGCGAGGUGCCCAAUACGACGCUGGACAGGAGCUCUGUCGCACUUGUAUCAGUAUCCGACACAUCAUGCUUGGACCCGAGCAUCCGGACACUCUCGCUGCCCAGGAAACCCUCUCCAAGUUCGACGUCCGAAACAAACUCAGCUACAAGUAACGAUUCUCAUUUUUAUCCGUCGCAUGACGCUGCUUCAGCCAGGUUGCAGGGCUCUAGUCGCCGUUUCAACUUGCCAACCGAUGCAGAGAGAGUAUGGACGACUCAAGGGGGUAAUUAUUUUCUGGCAACAAAUGACCAGUAUGGAUUGUUGCGAGUAAAUCCUGCACAUGAACGCAGAGAUUUCUGAGAGUACCAAACUCUUGACCCUCGACGAAGAUGAGAAUCCUAGUUGUGUGUUCGAGGACCUGGGUGACCAAGGAAUGUUCCGGAGCUCUGCGAAACGGUGAUAAAAAAGUGCCAAGGAAUGAACAAGACAAGCACAGAAGCAAGAAUAUAUCUCCAGUUCGAUGGAGACUUGUGUGAUUGGGAGUUACUAGACGCAUUCUGCUGGAAUCCUCUAGCUUCUAGCGUGUUGUGUUGUUUUGGUACGGGAUCGAUGAAGAAGAAGAAGAAGAAGUCUUUUCAACGCCGAGGUUGCAGGUAUUCUGGGGCCUCAACACCCAAUUCCUAUCGUCCAUUGUGGCUCCUCAGCACCCACCUCAUAUAUAAUUUGUACAAUGGGUUCGUAGACAGAAAGUAGUUUGAACUUAGGAUGACCUCCAGCUUUGCAUUCUUUCCGAUGCGCUCCAUACACCCCCACACAAGGCGCCGCGUUGUUUUUAUAGUGUUUUUGAGGUGUGUGCUUGUGUCCUUUUGUUCCAUUUUAUUUAAAAAUAUAUAUUAUUGUUAAUGAAAUGAUCCUUUUUUGAA